GGCGGCCCCCUCCCCCAUCGCAGCCGGCCACACCCAGACACACACACCCACCCGGGGCAGUCCCCAGCCCCCUUACACCUCCCGCCUGGCCCGGGUCCCGGGGCGCCGCCCCCUUCCCGGCCCCGGCCCCGCAGCAGAAGGCCCGCUCCCGGCCGCACGAGCUGCUCCCGUCACUCCUUCCCCCUGCUCCUCGAUGACAUUUGGCGGCUCAGCCAGCCUCCCGCUCCCCACGCUUCCUAACGCAGACGGGAGCCACUCAAGUACCGGAGUGGCCGACCCCACGCGUUCCCGAUUCUCCCUCUUACAGCGCUCACCCUCCAGUGCCGACGGGAGAGAAGGACCUUCCUCCAGGGGCCUCCUCCUCACUGGGGCAUUAACCGGAAAGAGCACACAAAAAAGGCGCUGGUGUAGGCGCCAAAAUAAACACAUCUGAAUUCAGGAUGGCAUCGACAGAGGCUCUUACUGGAUUAAAAGUUUUCAAACAAACAAAAACGCUUUGGAAGAAGGUCAGAUUGGCUCAAGUUGGUUCUUGAAAGCAGUGUGCACUUCCCUGUUUACUGAUUGUGUUGUGAAUGCCGGGGGAUCCUGUGAGCUCGUCAGAAGUUCCUGCAGUUUCUUAGGGUUGAAUGCCUGCCUACACCCUCUGGCCCCACCAUGGAGAAGGGUGGUAACAUACAACUGGAGAUCCCUGACUUCAGCAACUCUGUCUUGAGCCAUCUCAACCAACUGCGCAUGCAGGGCCGGCUCUGUGACAUCGUGGUCAACGUGCAAGGACAAGCUUUUCGGGCUCACAAAGUGGUGCUGGCUGCCAGCUCCCCCUAUUUCAGGGAUCACAUGUCCUUGAACGAGAUGAGUACUGUCUCCAUUUCAGUCAUCAAGAACCCCACCGUCUUUGAACAGCUUCUUUCUUUCUGUUACACGGGGCGGAUAUGCCUGCAGCUGGCGGAUAUCAUCAGCUACCUGACAGCCGCCAGCUUUCUGCAAAUGCAGCACAUUAUAGACAAGUGUACACAGAUCCUGGAGGGCAUUCAUUUCAAGAUUAACGUGGCUGAGGUCGAAGCAGAAUUAAGUCAAACGAGGACCAAGCACCCGGAGAGACCUCCAGAGUCUCACAGGGUUACACCAACCCUAAACCGCUCCCUUAGCCCGCGACACAAUCCCCCAAAGGGAAGCCGGCGAGGUCAGGUGAGUGCCGUGCUGGAUAUCAGGGAGCUCAGCCCUCCCGAGGAGUCCACCAGCCCGCAGAUAAUUGAGCCCAGUUCUGAUGUGGAGAGCCGCGAGCCCAUCCUUCGGAUCAACCGAGCGGGACAGUGGUACGUGGAGACGGGAGUAGCAGACCGAGGGGCACGGAGCGACGACGAAGUGAGGGUUCUUGGAGCAGUCCACAUCAAAACCGAGAACCUGGAGGAGUGGCUGGGGCCGGAGAACCAGCCUUCCGGGGAAGACGGGAGCAGCGCGGAGGAGGUCGCAGCCAUGGUGAUCGACACCACGGGCCACGGCUCCGUCGCGCAGGACAGCUACCCUUUGGGGUCCUCGGGAGCCAAGGUGGCUCGGCCAACAAGCAGUGAGAUUGACAGAUUUAGCCCCUCCGGCAGUGUUGUCCCCUUGACGGAGAGACACAGAGCCCGAAGUGAGUCUCCUGGGAGAAUGGAUGAGCCUAAGCAGCCCAGCUCUCAGGUAGAAGAGUCAGCGAUGAUGGGAGUGAGCGGCUACGUGGAGUAUCUCCGGGAGCAGGAAGUGUCGGAGCGGUGGUUCCGGUACAACCCCCGGCUCACCUGCAUCUAUUGCGCCAAAUCCUUCAACCAGAAAGGGAGCCUGGACCGGCACAUGCGCCUGCACAUGGGGAUCACACCAUUCGUCUGUCGCAUGUGUGGCAAGAAGUACACCCGCAAAGAUCAGCUGGAGUAUCACAUCCGCAAGCACACAGGCAACAAGCCCUUCCACUGUCACGUUUGUGGCAAAAGUUUCCCCUUCCAGGCCAUCUUGAAUCAGCACUUUCGCAAAAACCACCCUGGCUGUAUACCCCUGGAGGGGCCCCAUAGCAUCUCCCCCGAAACAACUGUCACAUCUCGAGGACAAGCCGAGGAAGAGUCACCUUCCCAAGAAGAGACAGUUGCUCCUGGGGAAACGGCCCAGGGCUCUGUGUCCACCACUGGGCCCGAUUGAAAUGUCGAAGGGGAGGGGCCGACCUGCUCCCCAUCCCCCCAACCCCGGGCCGUAAGCAGCCGGCAUCAGGGCCACGAGAAUGCCACAGCACGAGGUCAGAAGAUGCUCCCAAGGUGUUGCCAAACUAGAGGAUCAGCAACAUACCCAAAAGCACUGGAGGCUUUUCCCUCCUCCUCCCCACCUCACACUCUGGAAAAUAAUCAAGCAAAUCAACUUUCUAAUUCAGGGAUCAACAGCCUUGGUUUGUUAACUUUAUAAGAAAAAAAAAAAUUUUAACAGUGAUAAAUGGCCGUUUAUCUACCAGUCACAUUUGAACACUGUCCUUUGGUCCAUGUUAUCCUGGCUGUCACUUGCCCAGAUCUAGAAAACACAACAGGAGCCUUGGUCAUCGGAACCAGCCGGCCACA